UCGUGACGAUCCUGAAAUCCAAAAUUAAAAAUAAAGCUGAGAUCUUUGAACUCCAAAGGGAGGACAAAUCACUUUCAUUCAAAGAAAACGUCUCGAAAAUGGCGAAAAAAGCUCUGCUGAUAGGCUGCAACUACCCGAACACGGAGGCCGAGCUCAGGGGCUGCGUCAACGACGUCCACCGCAUCACCGCUGCCGACGUCUCCGUCCUCAUCGACACCGACGACUCCUUCGCCCAGCCGACGGGGGCUAACGUGCGCCGGGCGAUCAGGAAGUUGAUCGGAUCCGCUGAACCCGGGGACUGCCUCUUCAUUCAUUACAGCGGCCAUGGGACGAGGAUCCCGGCGGAGACUGGGGAUGAUGAUGAUACUGGGUUCGACGAGUGCAUCGUGCCCUGCGAUAUGAAUCUCAUCACCGAUGAUGACUUCAGAGACUUUAUCGAUGAAAUCCCAAGAGGAUGUCGAAUUACAAUUGUCUCAGAUUCAUGCCAUAGUGGUGGCCUGAUCGAUGAAGCCAAGGAACAGAUCGGAGAAAGCACCAAAAAGGAGGAUAACGAUGAUGAAGAACCCUCCGGCUCCAAGUUUGGCUUCAAAUCCUUCUUGAAACAGCAAGUAGAGGAUGCAUUCGAGUCACGAGGUAUCCAUAUCCCCCUUGAGGGACACCAUAACCGUCACAAUCGCUCUGAAAAUGAGGAUGAAAGCUAUGGUGAUAAUGCUGAAAAUGACCAUAUUAAGAACCGCACUCUCCCUCUGCCCACACUAAUAGAACUUCUGAAGCAGAAGACUGGUAAAGAAGAUAUUGAUGUGGGAAAAAUAAGGCCUACUUUGUUUGACAUGUUUGGUGAUGAUGCAAGUCCUAAGAUUAAGAAGUUUAUGAAUGUUAUCUUGAGCAAGCUCCAAAAUGGUGGCAACAGUGAAGGUGGAGGUGGUGGAUUCAUGAGUAUGGUUGGGGGUUUGGCACAGGAAUUUCUCAAACAAAAGCUAGAGGCAAAUAAUGAAGAUUAUGUUAAACCAGCAUUAGAAACCGAGGUCCAUAACAAACGAGAAGUUUAUGCAGGAGCAAAUAAGAGAUCUCUUCCUGAUAGUGGAAUACUGAUUAGUGGUUGCCAAACUGAUCAGACAUCUGCUGAUGCAAACCCUCCAAAUGGUAGAGCCUAUGGGGCUCUCAGCAAUGCAAUCCAGACUAUCCUUGAAGAGACUCAUCGUGAAAUUAGUAAUGAGGAGCUAGUGCAGAAAGCUCGGAAGAUGUUGGCUAGACAACGAUUCUCACAGCGUCCGGGUCUUUACUGCAGUGACAGCUAUGUUGAUGCCCCCUUCAUCUGCUGAAUAUUACGUAUCAUGAAGUUUUGGCAUGCUUCUAUCUUCACAUGGUUUGCUUGCAAAUAAAAUUUAUAGAAAAUGUUCUCAGGAUUCUAUCGAGUUUUGGCACUUAAGUAGCCUGCUUGAGUUAUCUGUGUAAACUAUUAUUUAUAUUAAAAUUCAAUGAAGUAGCCUGUUUGGGGAACAAA